AUGCAUGGGGUUUCUGAGGACAAGUAUGUAAAGAUUGAUACGUGUCCUGCGUUGCCAGUGCUCAGUUUGCAGAGUGUAGACCUGGAUGACCACCACAAACCUGAGUUUAGAAGAGUUUUUAGUUCUUCUGUGGUUGAAAAUGGGCAUCAGUCUUCAUCAGGUCAAGUAAAAGUCUCCCAUGAACUGACCUCUUUUCACACAUCAGACUCUUCCCCUGAAGCCCAUGCCCCUGCAGUCACCUUACAGAUGCCCCACCUUCCCGUUACUGCAGUAACCAGGAUAUCAGAGAAGUUUUCAGGAGAGACCAUCUGUUCAACAGGAACAACUAAUGCGUCUGCUGGCUUGCUGGGACAGAGCAAGAGCAAAAAUGCAAUGACAGUGAAAACUUCUGAUCAGUCAGUGAAGGCCUGGAAUUCAAGUACAGUGAGAACAAUGGGUUCAUGUGCCACUGGAGAGAAUACAACUUCUGUCACUAAGUCUGUCUCAACUGUGAGCUAUGGGACAAGUAGUGGAACCAAAACUGGUGAAAGUGCCACUGACAGUUACUGUGAUGUGACCCCCAGCUCUUACUCCUCUCCUCCCACUGUACAUCGCCGAGUUGAAAGGAGGCGAGAACUGGUGCGGUCUCAGACGCUCCCACGGACUACAGGAGCACAGGCCAGGAAAGCACUUUUCGAGAAAUUUGAACAUGAUGGUGGAAAAGGAAAAGGAGAAUCCAGAGCUAAGCUGAAGAGGUCGCAGAGUUUUGGGGUUGCCAGUGCUAGCAGCAUUAAACAAAUUCUGCUAGACUGGUGUCGCUCAAAAACCAUAGGAUACAAGCACAUUGAUCUCCAGAACUUCUCCUCAAGCUGGAAUGAUGGGAUGGCAUUCUGUGCUCUUGUGCAUUCUUUCUUUCCUGAAGCUUUUGAUUAUAAUAAGCUUGACCCAACUAAUCGCAAGCAGAACUUUGAGCUGGCCUUCACCAUGGCUGAGAAAAUGGCUCACUGUGAUCGUCUGAUAGAAGUGGAUGAUAUGAUGGUGAUGGGUCUCAAGCCAGAUCCCAUGUGUGUCUUCACCUAUGUUCAGUCUCUAUACAAUCAUCUACGACACUUUGAAUAAAACCAUCAACACCUCUCCAGCCAGAAGGGUCAAGUACAGCAUGCUAAUGGAAAGUGACAUUUUGCAAAUGGAACACAGCGUUAUUUCUUGC